AUGACGACACUGGAAAAGAUCGGCAUCCAGGGGAUUCGGAGCUAUGGCGACGAGGAGGCGCAGGAGUUAGAGUUCGCGUCACCCAUCACGGUGAUCUAUGGAAACAAUGGAAGUGGGAAGUCUACAAUCAUCGAAUGUCUAAAGGUGAGUUGCACGGGGGACUUCCCCCCCAAUGCAGAUAAGGGAAAGUCAUUCAUACACGACCCAUUAAUAUCAAAUAAAAUGAACAGCAGGGGAAAAAUAAAUUUGCUCCUGAGGAAUUAUAACAACAAGAGGAUUGGUAUUUCCAGAUCAUUUAGUCUAUUCUACUGUAAAGACAGAAAUAAAAAAAUGAAACACACCUUUAGAGCAUUGGACAAUAACAUAAUCAUAAAAAAAGGGGAAGGACAAGAUGAUGUAAUAAUUACGAACAAAUGUCUAGACAUAAAUGAGCAUAUUCCCAAAUUAAUGGGGGUGUCAAAGGCCUUGCUAGAAAAUGUGAUUUUAUGCCAUCAUGAGGAAAGUCUCUGGCCAUUUAGCGAGUCAGUAAAAAUAAAGAAAAAAUUCGAUGAGCUGUUUGGAGAUGACCACUUCUCAAAAAUACUGGACGAAUUCACAAAAUGUAGAAAAGUAAUGAAUGAUGAGUUGAAGAAGAAGGAAUAUGAGUUGGCCACUUUGAAGGAGUGCUAUGAUAGGAGAAAAAAUAUCGCUUUAGACAUCCAAAGGAACGAACAAGAAAUAGAGGAGUGCCAAACGAUUAUACAAUUGGACAAGGACAAAAUAGAGGGAAGUCUUCUCAUUUUAAAUACUUUAGAGGGGAAAAAAUCCUUGUUGAGGAAAUUAACGUCCAGUAUUGAUAUGUAUUUUGCUGUCCAAGGGAAAUUUCUGGACGACCUAGAAAAUUAUAAAAGUGUCGAGGAGAUAUAUGAGGAGGAUGCCUCCGAAUUAGAACACUUUGCUGAUCUGUUCCAGAGGGACCUGGCCAAAUGUAACUUCCUAAUUGAACAAGCUAGUAAUGAGUUUGCCCUUCUGGAGAAGCAGACCUCUUUGCCUAUUAAUUCGUGCGACGAAGCCGACAUCAAACAACGAGAUGAAAUAUGCUCCAAUUUAUUUCAUUUGGAGAAACAACGGGAGGAAGCGCACACAUUGAUCAAGGACAUUUUGAAUCUGGAUCAUGUGUCAUCUGCGAGUGGGAUGAGGGGGAAACAUGUAGGAAAGAACCUCUCCGGAGAGUGUACGAAGGUAGGUUGCUUUAUCAGGGAGAACGAGCAUAUUUUGGGGAGUUUGCUGCUUCAGUGGAGGGCCCUCUUUGGAGGGAAUGGCCCCAAGUGGGUGUUCCGCCUGGGGAGGAAGGCCACCACUGUUAGGCGUAGGGAUAGUGGUGACUACGAUAAUGAGUGUAACCACGGUAAGAGCUUCCGUGGCGAUUGUCCCCCGGGUGGGGACCGUACCACUGAGACCAUCGCGAAAGGAAGUUUCUCCUUCGUGGAACAAAUGCGCAGGAAAAGUGUGAGGAAGCUGGACCUGUUGAGAAUGGAGGUGCAAAGAAAUGCCAGGGAGCGACUCCAUAUUAGAAGGAGAAAUAAAAUUCUAACAGAAAAAGCGAAAAAAUGGAAAAGGAGGAUAUCAAGAAUGGACAGAAGAAUUGCCAUCAUGCAGAUGCACAAGGAUAAUUUGGCUAAUUGCAGAGCGAGCGAUGAGUCGUACAAGGAGAGUUGUAACCAUUUGGACAAAAUGAACCAGUUAGGAUGCGUUUACGACAGCAUUGAUUUGAGCGAGACAAACUGCGGUGAGGCGCCCAGUCAUAGCGAUGAUGACAUUGAAGGGAAGAGAAGGCAGCUCAGGGAAAUAGAAAAAUUCAAGGAGCACCUGGACCAAAUAGUACUCCUUGGAAAACACUAUGAGAAAAUCUUUAAUUAUUUUUUGUGUCUCCGGAGGCUGCGUCGCAAGGUGACAUCCUUCUUGGAUGAGCGGCGAGACCUUCUGUGCGAACUGAGAAAGGUGCCCAAGGUGUGGCGAUCCAUGUGGGAGCCUUCCGGAUAUUGGUCGGAAGAAGAGGAUUUAGAAGAGGGAGUAGACUGCGGGCAAGAGUGCUCUACCGGGGAAGGGGAGGAGAGAGAAGAAAUUGGGGGGCAAGCCAUACGGGGAGGCCAGGACGAAGAAAGGAAAAUAGGGGACCCUAUGAAAGAGGAGUACGGAGAAGGGAAUAUCCCCACCAGGGAGCUGCGCUCGCCAACGGAAGGAACAAAUAAAUUGACCGAAAUUGUCGAAGGGGGGAGUUGUAUGACGUUGAGGAUUCUCACCGAAGCGGGUUCGAGUAACUGUCUCGACGGGGAGCCCACUCAUGGGGAGGUAUUCAAGGAGGAAGUUUGCAAUAAGAGGAAUAAACGAACAAGCUAUCCUGGCGAAGAGAUGCAUAGUCGAUUGAAGCGGAAGAAGGUAUUCGAGAUGGAAACUCCCGUUGGACAGAGUUAUUUGAACAAAUUGAAGGAUGUGAUCGAGCAGUAUAUAAAUAAGUACGAUAACAGAAUGAAGGAGGUUGAAAGGGAAGCCACCAGAUUAAAGCAGGCCUUGAUACUAACAUCUGGAGCAUUACGCGAUGUGAGCGAACGGGUGGGACGCUACCCGGACAUACUGGCUGAGUUCUGUGGGAUGCUGGGAAGGAAGAAUUUUAAGAGCGUAGAAGAUUUCUUCACCCAUUUAGGUCAAGUUAGGAAGGACAUGAAGAAAAUGAAAAGGGAGAUUGUAGCUUUAAAAAGUAAAGAAGAAUUACUGAGUCGUUUUGUGCAGCAUGCCGAGGGGAAGAAGGCGUGUCCGCUGUGCAGGGGACCUAUUACUGAUGUUGUUUUGGAUGGGUUCUCCUUCCUAGAUGUGAAUAGAGAAAGGAAGGACAUAAUCGUAGAGAUAAAGAAGAAGGAAGAAAUGCUCACAAUUUGGGGAGGACAGAAGAAAGAAUUGAUGAUUCUGUUAGGGCAUUACUAUAGGGAAGUUGAUCCCCUAUACAGGGAUAGCGCCUCCGUGAGUGGAAUUAUUGACUCACUUAAGAACGAAGUGUUAGAUCUGCAGAAUGGGGUGGACAUCUGCUUCGGGAGGAUGCAGGAAAUUAAUGGGAAGUAUCAAUUGAUGAAGUUUUUACAGGACAAGUGCACUCAUCUUAUGGAGAUGGAAAUGGAUAUUCUAUGCGGGAGAGACGAGGUGGAUGCGCAGCGGUCCGAAGUUAAGGCUGCUGUGAGUAGGCUAAGGCAGGUACUGAGCGAGGGGAAGCAUCAUAUAGAAUCCCUGCGUUCAAUCCUGGAAUUGCUCGGAGGGAGGGAGGAAUCUGAACAGAGAUCGCAACAGAAGAAUUUGCGUCAGCUUAUUCUUGAGUUUAUCCCGAAUAUUACUCUCUUGUGUGAAUGCCAGGAUGUGCACCUUAUGGUGGAGGAAGUCAGUGCAUACAUGGAGAAUAGCAGUGUCAUAUUUGGUCCAGGGGACAUGUUCACCCAUGUCGGGGCGGAAUUGGCAAAUAGUGUGGAGAGUAAGGUGCACCAUGUUGUGUUGGGAGAAGGGAAACAGGACGAAGCUGGGGAAGAAUGCACGGAGGACACCAAGUGGGUGAAGGAACCGAAGAAUGAAGUACACAGGGUAGGUGACCACUGCAAUGAAUAUGGGGAAGAGCACUCGGGGAAUUUAUACCCACAGGAAGGAGAGUGCUCUGUUAAUUGCACGAAGCGUGUGGAAGAAGAGAUGCCCCUCCUGAGUAACGUGCCCGUGUAUGAAUCUACGAAAUGGAAAGUGAGGGAACCGGACGAGGUGGGCACCCUGGAGACAAUAGCCAUGAAUAAUAAGAAGUUCAUGGAGGCAUACGACAAACUUCAAGUGUACACCACUUUGGAGACCAUGAGGAAAGAGCAGGAAAUAGAUCUUUCUGUUCGAAUGAAAUCAGUCAUUCGUGAGAGGAAGGAAAUCAUUAAGAGGAGAAUAGAGGAAGCACAGCGCAGUAUUGAAAGGGAAAAGCGAAUUAGGGAAUGCAUGAACAAAGCGCAGGAUUACAUGGAGAAACAUCGGGGUAGGAAGAAUCGUUUGCACAUGAAAGAGGAAGCCGUAGCGGGAAAUAUACGGAAGAUGCACCUGCGGGAUAAGCAAAUAGGGAGGAGCAUUCGGAGAUGCAGGAACGACGUGGUACUCCAGAAUAAAUUGUACUACAUCAGAGGGGAAAUAGUGGAACUGCUGCAGAGACUCGUGGGCAAUAUAAAACUGGACAUGGGGAAAAGGGAGGAGGAAUUGAAGCAAGUGAAGGAGAAGAUACACAGUAACGAAAUUAUACAGAAUGAAUCUAACGAAUUUGCAGAAAAAAUAAAUCAAAAGAGAGAGCAAAUUUUAUCUUUAAAGGAAGAGAAAAUCAACAUCGAAAAAAUGCAUCACCAUGUUGUUAUCAAUAUGAACUUAAAGAGAAUGCAGGAGAAGUUUUUGCUCCAUCAGAGGAAUUUUAUUUCCUCACUGGAGGAAUUUAGGGGCGCGUUCUUCUCGGCUGAACAGAAGGAGGAACAGUUGGAUAAAUUGAAUUGCAUAAUUGCGUCGCUGGAGGAAGUGUACGAAGCUGAUUCUGAUAUUUACAGAUUUAUGGAUGAGAGCUUUUCCUUUUUAAGGCACGAAAGGGAGUUACUCGAAUUCGUCUACAGGGAGGAAGAUAAGUUAAAGGAACAAAUGAAACUUAACUCGGAAGCAGUGACAAGCCUGAAAAUGAAGGAAGCAGAAAUGAAGGGGAAAAUUGAGUUAAGGGAAGAAUACAUAAAUAAACUAACCACCGAAAUGAAUUCCGAUACCUAUGAUGACGUAGGGAAGAAGUAUAGGGAGAAAGUAAUCGAAAUUUUUGUGUACAGAAGUGUCAUUGGGGAUAUCUGCAACUUUUACAACUCCUUUGAUCAAGCAAUUAUUAAAUUUCAUUCUCUGAAGAUGCAAGAAAUUAAUUUGUCCAUUAGGAACUUAUGGAGGAGGGUUUACAACAGUGCCGAUAUAGACUAUAUUUAUAUAAAGUCGGAGAUACAGACGGAAAAUAAUGGAAAAGUUCAUCAGAGGAGGUCAUAUAAUUAUCGCGUCGUCAUGGUUAAGGAUAACUGCGAACUGGACAUGAGAGGAAGGUGCUCCUCUGGUCAGAAGGUCCUAUCUUCUAUAAUUAUUAGACUAGCUCUAGCGGAGUCUUUUUCCAUCAGAUGUGGAAUUCUAGCUCUGGACGAACCGACGACAAAUUUGGAUAAAUCGAACUCUAAAAAUCUGGCUGCUCUCAUUGCUAAUAUUGUGGAUCUCAGAAAGGAAAGCUCAGCUUUCCAGCUUAUUCUCAUCACACACGACACGCACUUUGUCGAUGUGCUUUCGCAAUACGGGUUAACAAACUGUUUCUACAAGGUUAGGAAGAACCGGCAAGGGUAUUCAACCAUAGUCAGAGUGCGGGAGUAA